AUGUACGAGGUGUAUACGGAUAUGCUGAGGAGGAAUGAGGAGAUUGGAAUGUCUGAGCUGGACCUACAAGGUCCAACGAGCUUCCACACAAAGAUGGAUGCGAUUCGGCCCCAGGUGGAACAGCAGUAUCAUACUGCGAACAAGCGGCUUGCCAUUGCGAAGCGAAUAGCUGGUUCCAGCAAGCAGCCGGAGGAACUCCUCAAGUCCAAAGAACUUCUCAAGUCCGAAUUGGAAGCAGUUGAAGAAGCUCAAUACGCUGCGCGGGCAUACACCCUGAUGGUGCAGCUGUUCGCCAAGGUGAUUGACAGAGUCAGUAAUGCUGUGGCCGAGAGAGAGGCGCAGAAGAGCAUCAGACCAGAGUUUGUCAGCUCCAUUGGCUGCCAGAACGAGGAGGCGACCACCUUGCCGCGACCUCCGAAGCUGGGCAUCUACGAUGCCUUGGAGCUGGAUGCUGUGAUGCCCUUAGACAUGACGCCAGACGAGAUGGAAAACAUCCAACACACAGAGCGUGCUUACAAUGUCAUGCGGGAUCUAUGCCAGCGAAAGAGCCUUUGCAUAUACCAAGUGCUACAGUUUGAGGAUUGGAUGAAAGAGGAAAAGUCCAGCUUGCAGAAGUGCCUGCCGAGCAAGGAGAGAAUACUGCGAAUGGCGGCUUACAACCGGAUCGUGCGCUCUUUCCGAUCCAGUCACUUCAAUGAAGAGCUUCAAGCUCACAAAAUAUGGAGGAUCACCAACCUUGCCGAGUACUAUGAACCCCCCGGCGCAGGUCAGGUUCCGGACUACAAGGGCGAGUUCUCAAUGUUUUCGCUGCCAGAAGGUUUGGACGCUCGCUCGUCUCACAAGCCACUCGAUGCACUCGCGCCAUGUGAUGAGGAUGCUGCUGACUGCACUCGUAAGCCGGAUCAGUCCGCAUCUUGCACUGCACAUGAAAGCAGUGACCCAAUUUGUGCUGAAAGCUCGGAUGUGCUGGAACUGGAUCAUUCCGUUUCUGGACAGGACACAGAAGCCUCGGAAGAGGUUGGACUGCUAGAAGGAAUCUGUGUCGUGUGCAUUGAGAAGUCUGCUCUAUUCGUCAUGCACGAAUGUGGACACUUAAUAUUUUGUCCCGGAUGCCGGCGCAAAGCAGUUGCCAAAGCUUUGAAGGAAUCCGGCAAGAGUCAGUGGAAGUCUGUCAAGCCGGGACAGCUGUCCAACAAAGAGUUGGAGCGGACCAAGGUCUUGGAGCACCAGACAUUCCUCACGGCAUGCUUCUAUUGUGGUGGCCUCUUCUGUGCAGAAAGCACGUUGCAGCUUCAACAAGUGGAAAUGGGCAAGCAGGCUGCAAACAUGCUGGGAAGGCUAGCUGUGCUGGUCGUCAAUGCCGACAAGGGUGCUGUUGAUGUGGCAUCGCUGCAUAGCCGGAUCGUCAAGGGCGAUGUUGUUCCAGCAAAAAGCGGAGAUGACGAUGCCUCAGCCUUCACUCGUAUUCCCGUCAUCUUGACCUGGUACUUUGCCACUAGUGAUUCCGCUAAUGAGGUUGUAGUGUGCGAUUCGUGGUUGCAGGUCGCGUGGAUGGCAGCGAGUUCAAGACGAUUCUCACGCAUCCUGUGCUUGAGCUGCCUCAGGAUUUUGCCGACUUGUUCUUGGCCUUGCCAGAUUUUCGAAGAGACCUCAGGAUCAGGUAAUGACAUUUCCUCGACAGCCCUCAGAAACAAGCUGCUAGAUGCAACGGAAGCAUCCUGA